UUCUGAGGCUUUUAGUUAAAAGCUAUUUGUCAAAAGUAGGGUAGACCGCUAAAAUGCGAGGUUUUUGGCAUUUUCAAGUACUAGCUGUAACGUUUAUAUUAUCAAAUGCUAUUUGUAAUAUAAAAGCAACAUCAGAGCCGGUAGGUCCGGCGAACACGGCGCAACCAGGAGAUUUUCUCGAAGAAACUGUGCGUAACUUUCUGACUAAUACAGCGGGAUUAGAGGGAUUUCAAGAAAUAAUUGAUUCGUCCGAGUUCGCAUACACAAGACUUGAUUCUGAAAAUCUUGUGCACGAAAUGGUGGCAUCGUUAAGUGAAAAAUUUCGAAACACAGCUUCUGCAGUGGAACGUUUACGGACGGCAGCGACACAAGCGUAUUCAUAUGGCCAAUGGAUUUAUGAUGUUACUGAGUGUUGCCAGCUUGAAAUCAUGAAUGGCUCUUGGUCGCCGAAGUAUGACCAAAGAUUUGGAAGAGAGGUCGACCUGUUUCAAGCAUGUGCUAGAAUAAGUGGAGAUAGAUACGCAGAAGCACGUUUGUAUGAAACUAUGCGUCGAUCACCGUCAUCAUUGAUUGCAUCUUCUAUGGAAAGUCUCUACUCAACGUCAGGAAUCAAAUAUCAGUAUUACGGAAGUGAAGAAGGAAUGUUUACACAAUACCCUGCUGCAAGUACCGGGUUCGAUUGUACAUCUUACGACAACAGAUUCCGUCCAUGGUAUGUCGUUGCUGCCACACCGCAACCUAAAGAUGUUGUUAUCGUGAUCGACACAUCUGGCUCAAUGUUGAUGGAAAAUCGAAUGGAAGGAGCAAAGGCAGCAGUAGCUACAGUACUUGAGACCCUCAAUCCUAAUGACCGAGUUGCCGUAAUUGCGUUUUCCAGCAAUAUAAUUCUCCCCCCUGGACCACCACACUGUUACCAAGAGGAAAUGGCUCUUGCAACUCCAGCCAACACCAAGUAUUUACGCCAAUGGGUUGGAGGACUAUACGCCAUGGGCGGGACACAUUUCAUCAGCCCUCUCAACGCAGCCUUUGAUUACUUUGAGACCACGUAUGAAGAUACUUCAGAUUAUUCGGAGAUAUCAAGAAAUCAAGUCAUACUUUUUAUGUCGGAUGGCGAACCAAAUGAUAAUAAAACAGACAUUUUCUGGACGAUUUACAACAGAAAUGCAAAAUUUCAUCACUCGAUUGUGAUUAUGACGUAUGCAUUCGGUGCUCAAGCCCCCGGUGAAGUGUUAGAAAAAAUGUCUCGACAAGACGGUACGGAUUACGGUGUUCCGAGGGCCUCUGCCGCUCGAGAGGGAUUACACGUUGCUAUAACUGACACUGACAAUCUGAGAACAAAAAUGGGUUCUUACUACAAUUUCUUCAAGUCGGAAUCAAUCAAUACGCAUGUACACUGGAGCGUGCCAUAUUACGAUGCCAUCGGUGGAGCUGGUCUCGUCAUAACGGCAUCUGCUGCUGUAGUUUAUGAUGGAACCCUGAAAGGUGUUGUUGGUGCAGAUAUAAGCAUGAGAGAAUUAUUGACAGAAAUAACGUAUUUUAAAGUGAACAGUGAUAUGGGAUACUCAUUCCUUGUUGAUAAAAACUUUCGAGCUAUUGCUCAUCCGUUCUUACCGGCACCGUCAUCUGUCGACGGUGAUCCUGUAAUAGUGAAUAUUACUAUGUUGGAAAGGAGUCCUGCGUUGAAAGAUGGUCUUUUGCCUGCGAUUAUGAAUUUGUACAACCAUGAUAGUAUUCAUGGUAUGGCGGCAACGAUGGAAAUUCGCACAAUGUUUGUAAAAGAGGCGGAGCAUGGCUUGGUCUCAGCCGAAUCAAAGCUGGCCAGAUUUUCAUGUCAGUUGGUUACGGAUUCUCCGUUCGCAGCAUGUGUGGUAGUUGAUACGGUUAGAAAUACACAGAGUACCUUAGAAGAACAAGAAGUUUCAGAUUCACCAUCUUUCCAAUAUCACAGACUUGACCUCGAUCCUCCGGAAAAUGAAUGUCUGCAUUUGAGCCGCAUUGCAUAUCACGGGUCUGCAGUUAAGUUGUCGCCAAAAGCAUUCAAACAUAUGGAGAGUUACUUAGAAUUUGAAGAGACUGCAAACAACGUCACAUCCUUUAAAAACAUGAUUGAAAAUGAUUUCUACGACGAACAAGGAUUGCAAAUAGAGCAAGCUGCAGUAAAUGAUGUAAGGCUAACGUCAAGAAUGGAUGAGAUAUGGAAGAAUAACAAUAUCUUCAAUGCAUCUAUUCCGGCUUUGUGGCGUUAUUUAGGAACUGAAUCCGGUGUGUUUCGAAUAUGGCCAGGGGUACGCUUAGCACAGGAAUACGAUCCUACAUUGAGGCCUUGGUAUAAAACAGCAAUGGCGCAUCGCGAUGAUGUUGUAAUAACAACUCCAUACACCGACGCAUCGACAGGAAUGUGGAUUAUAACUAUGGCAAAGGCUGUUAUGAUUGACGAAGGAUAUCCAUACGGAGUAAUUGCAUCAGACGUAUUCCUAUCUGAUUUCAAGGACAUGUUUCUUGGGUACGAAUGUGGACGAGAGGAUUGUACUUUGAUAGAUCUAUCCUGUCAUGUAAUCUAUCAUAAAUUUUACUCGUGGUCUCAUGGUUCGAGUGAUAUACUUGGACGUGAUCUGACUACUGUAGAUCCGAAUCUGGCAAGUGUAGUUUUCGACCAAGGAUUGCUUGUUACUGAAUCUUGCAUUGACGUAAACAAAAUAAGAACUGAGCAUUCUUGCCGCGUUAAUUUGGAAAAACUAGAUCAAUUGAGUGAAAUUGAUUUCGAAGGAAAGGAAUUUUUCGCACGAAGAAUACAAGGGACAAAUACAGUUCUUAUUAUUAAUCAUUGGGAUUCUCAUUAUUACUGUACGAAGCAUGCUUCAGUCGAUGAACAUUGUCACUACGACGACAACAGCGAGUAUUGCGAGUCAGCAUGUCAUACAAGUGCCAAAUUCGACUACUGUAGCAAUUCCGAAUCUUACGACUGGGCUUUAGACCCACCACCAUGCGUAGCCUCAAAGCCUAAAGUUAGCGUUUUGCCGCCUGUAGAUGCUUUAACUGAUUUGCCUUCCUGUUACGACGCUCUUGCAUCAUGGGAGACGGAAUCGAAUGACGGACUUUGGGAUGACUAUCCUGUUGACUAUAAUGAAAAGAAACCCCAUUCCAAUUCCUUUGGAUUGAUAUUUGGCUUGUCAACGGCUGUAACGCUGGUGUUUGUCAGCUGUGUGAUGUACGUAUCCAGGAGUAAAAACAGAUCAGUAUCUCCUCAACAAACGCAGCACCAACAACCACACUUUCAAACGACACCGAAUCAACAACCAAUCAUUCAUCCAACAACAACAAUGACUCAGAAUCCUAAUCAGUUCGCUGCGCCUUUCUCCCAACAACCAGGCUCUCCAAAUCCUUAUGUUCAAGUAAAUAUGACGAAUCAAUUUAGCGUUCCUCCAGGCACUAUACCAAAUCAACACCAACCUCCCCCAAUUGCACCUCCAUCUUAUAACAACGCAAUGACGUAUGAUAGCGGUAUUCCACCGCCGCCAAUCUACAUUCCACCAACUCCUAUAAUUAAUCCAUCAGACCUACCACCUGCCCCUCGAUACAUGUGAAUAUUACUGUUUUAUAUGCAAUAAAAUGAUUGUACUUACUUCAA